AUGGGAGCUAAAAAUUUUACAAAACAACAAAUCAAGGACUAUGUCUACACAUUUUUUGAGAAGUACAAAGAAUUUGUAGAUGAAGAGAUAAGAAUUUCCGUUGAAAAUACUGCUUGUUGGGAAUAUCUUUUAAAAUGUCUGGAAUCACUGAGUAAUGACGAAGUGUCCAUCAAUCCAAGGAAUAAUCUGGACAGAUACAAAGCAUUCACAUACAUAUUUGACAGAUACAAAUUGUUUUAUCAAGUUGUUUCACUUGUAGAUCGUCUUAAUGCAGGAAGUCUUUCAAAUACCAAGCUUUUUGGGGUUCCAAUCGCAAUUAAAGAUAAUAUCACAAUUAAAGACGUCCAUUUUGCAGAUGGUAUCUUCCAUUCUUAUAAUAUGAUUGAUAUAGGAUCUAAAAGCCUGGAAGAUUAUUCACCAGCAUAUGAUGCGACUGUAGUUAAGUCCUUGAUUGAGGCGGGGCUCAUUAUAAUAGGAAAGACGAAAUUGGAUGAAUUCGGGGUCGGGUCACUUACUGAUGGUGUAAUAAAUCCACACGGAGAAAAAUACAUCGUAGGUGGAUCAUCUGGUGGAUCUUCGGCUGUUGUUGGUGGGAGAAUCGUGACGUGUGCAUUGGGAACGGAUACAGGUGGCUCUGUCAGAUUACCCAGCUCAUAUUGUGGAUGUUAUGGUUAUAGACCAUCUUAUGGCUUAAUUAGUAGAUUCGGUUUGAGCGAACUUUCCGGUAUGUUUGAUACCGUAGGUAUAGUUGGUGAUUCCGUUUACCAAACUGCGCUUUUAUCGCAUGCAUUGGUUUGUCAUGAUAUUAAAGAUAUGAACAGUUCAUACAGUUGCAGUAAGGUUCAGAAAAAAAUUCAUAACUUUUUACUAAAUUGUAAAGAAACUUCUAACCUUCACAGACCACUGCGAGAUGUAAAACUCGCUACAUUCGAUUUGGAGGAGUUAUACAGUUCUGGGUAUAUAGAUGAGGACAAUAAAAAAAAUAUGCAAAAUGUCCAAAAGAUACUGACAGAACUGGGUGCGGAAAUCGUAAAGGUAGAUAUUGCGCGAUUGGAAGCGUGCGCCUCUAUUUACCAUCUUUAUGUAGCUAAGCAGCUUACAACAAAUUUGAAGAGAUUUAGAAAUCCUCUACAUAACAAGAGUCAUUCAUUAGAAACAACAUCUGUUGUUUCUAAAUUCCACGAAAAAACGAUCAGGAGAUUAAAUUUAGGAAAUGCAAUAGUGGAAAAUGAAGUAUAUAUCGAAAAUCUUCUUGGAGAGGAGAGAGAAAAUUUGAUAAACUGGGUUGAAAGAAAUAAGCUUUUCGACGAAAUAGAAUUCUUAAUAACACCUGUCUCUGUAAACGCUCUCCCAGUAAAAGAGGAAAAUGUUAGUCUUAUAAAAUCCGAACUGUAUACAACUAUAGCGCCAAUAUUGGGGCUAUGUUCUAUAACAAUACCAAGUGACCUAAAAACUCCCCCUUUAAGCUUUCAGAUAACGGCUGGAUACAUGCAGGAUGAUAAGCUAUUUCGUGUGGCAUCAGCAUUCGAGAAUUUUGUGAAAAAAAAUGUCACACAUUCCUGA